CAUAAUUCCAAGAACAUCAAGAAUCUUCUCCUGCCUUUUUCUCUACUUUCCUCUUCCUUCUCUCUUACCACUCCAACCAACUCAAUUCUGCCCAGAGCCAAUGGCAUCUUGUGCUCUUCCCUUGUGCCUUCUCUUCACCAUUUUCACACUUUCCACAGUCUUUCCAGCCAACUGCAUGCGAUCAUGGGGAAAGCACACAGUUCUUCUGAACCAGUUGAUACGCCGAGAUCGUGCAUUGGAACCGCAAAUGGUGAAGCCUGUGUCAUGGUCAGGCGUAAGAAGAGAAAGUGAAGGUGCCAUUUUCCUCGAGUUGAAAAAACUCCGGCAUUGGAACCAAAAAGGCCAAAACAGAGCUCUGGAAUUUGAUGCUGCCCGCGUGCUCUUCUUACAGAACACACUGAGGGAAAAUGGUGGGCAAGGCACGUUGGUUGAUUCAUCAAAAGAGACUAGAAUUCCUUUGACAUCUGGGAGGAAGCUGGACACUCUCAAUUAUGUGGCGAGGAUUGGAAUUGGGAAGCAAGAGAUGAAUGUUCUUGUUGAUACAGGGAGUGACCUUACCUGGGUGCAGUGCUCACCCUGCAGUAACUGCUACCAACAGAUGGACUCACUCUAUAGUCCCUCCUCCUCUUACAUCCCAAUUCCUUGCAAUUCCUCUUCAUGUGGAUCCCUUCAGAUAUCUUCUGGCUGUGCUUCUGCUACUGCUACUUCUUCUGCUGCUGGUACUUGUUCAUAUGAUGUAAGUUAUGGUGACGGCUCCUCCACACAUGGGGAUAUAGCAACAGACACACUAACACUUGGCACCGAUACUAUUGGAGAUUUUAUAUUUGGAUGCGGACACAAUAAUCGAGGGCUCUUUGGUGGAGCAGCUGGGCUGUUAGGCCUUGGGAGAGGCUCCCCGUCUUUGACCUUUCAGGCUUUUAACAGAUACAAUGGAGUUUUCUCCUAUUGCCUGCCUUCCUCUCAAGAGACUACAGGUUCCUUGGUUCUAGGGGAUCCUUUCUCCACUUCUGGUUACAACUCUACUGCCUUUAUUUAUGCUUCCAUGAUUCAGGAUCCCCAAGUUCCAACAUACUAUUUACUUAAUUUAACUGGUGUUAGCGUUGGUGGAGUUUAUAUAAGUGCUCCUUCAUCUUCUACUCUUGGAACUGCAAGCAGUGGCAGGACUUUGAUUGAUUCGGGCACAGUCAUAACAAGACUAGGCCCUUCUCUAUACAAGGCGGUGAGGGAUGAAUUUGUCAAGCAAGCAAUUGGGCUUCCUCCGGCAUCCAGCUUUUCGAUCCUUGAUACGUGCUUCAACUUGAGUGGAUUCGCUGCAGUGAACAUACCAACUCUGCAAUUUCACUUGAGCAGUAGUCAUGGCGCCCCUGGUGGUGAUGUUCAGAUGAGUGUGGAUUCAUCUGGGAUACUGUAUGUAGUGAACAAUGAUGCUUCACAAGCAUGUUUGGCUCUCGCGAGCUUACAGUCCGAGUCCGAGUAUCAAAUAAUUGGAAAUUACCAACAGCAGAACUUGAGGAUUAUCUAUGAUGUAAAGGAGUCCAAGGUAGGAUUUGCACCAGAGACCUGCAGAUAGGCACACCCAUUAACUCUUUUUAAUUUCUGAUUCAUGAUCUGUUUUGUUGGUGCAUCUCCAAUCAUCCUUUCUCUCUCUUCUCUUAUUAAAUGUGUAUUAAUUUUCUCAAAUGCAGAAAAGGGAUUUGAAGGAAUUCCUCGAUUGUAUUGAUUAUAUGUUUGUAUGAUUUGUUUUCUUCUGCUAAAUGAAGUGCAACUUGUAAGGUGGGAGUGCUUCUUGUCAAGCAGUAAAAGAUGAAUAUUUUGUUUCA